UUGAGUGUCUCUGCAGAGAGUGAAGAGGGAGCCUCAGUUUAAUCUUUGUCAGUGAAAAUCAUCAGCUUCCACCUUGGCGCGGGCACUCCCAGCAGCUAGUAUUUACUGAGCAAACCUGUUUGCACGUGCCUCAGUGACACCAGGACAUCAUCUCAGUGCAGCCUGAAGCUAGGCUGAUCUAUCCAAAGCCUCAGAGCUGAUCAGAUAGUUUGUGUUUUUAAAAUAGCUUGUUUGAAAAAAAGGCUUUUCUGCUUUCUACAGAGAGAAAAUGUGUCUGAUUCAACUGGCCAGUGGAUAUGUUUGAUGCAGUGCUCUGCUUCAGUAGAUAUCCUCCUUCUGUUAGAUGGGUCGUACAGCAUUGGCAAAGGAAGCUUUGAGAGGUCUAAGCACUUCGCAGGCAAACUCUGUGAUGCCUUGGACAUCAAUCCAGAUAGGGUCAGAGUGGGAGUGAUACAAUUUAGCUCAACUCCCCAGCUAGAAUUCCCCUUGGAUUCGUAUUUAACCAAGCAGGAAGUAAAGGAGAAAAUCAAGAAGAUUGUGUUCAAAGGCGGGAGCACAGAAACGGGACUCGCACUGAAAUACAUUCUCUGGAAAGGUUUCCCUGGUGGCAGAAAUUCCUCUGUCCCUGAAAUCCUGAUCAUCCUCUCGGAUGGGAAAUCCCAAGGCAAUGUAGCAAUACCCGCUAAGCAGCUGAAGGACAGGGGCACCACAGUAUUUGCUGUGGGUGUCAGAUUUCCAAGGUGGGAGGAGCUGCACAUGCUGGCCAGUGAACCUACCGAGCAGCAUGUGCUGUUCGCUGAACAUGUGGAUGAUGCUGCCAAUGGCCUGUAUAGCACCCUCACCAGCUCUACUGUCUGCAGUGCUGUCUCUCCAGGUUGCAAGAUUGAAUCUCACCCUUGCGAACGCAAGACACUGGAGACCGUGAAAGAGCUGGCUGGGAACUAUAUGUGUUGGAAAGGGUCAAAGAGACCAAAUGCAGUGCAUGCAUCUCUCUGCCCAUUUUACAGUUGGAGAAGAAUCUUAAUCAAGCACCCGGCCAGAUGCUACCGAGCUACAUGCGCAGAUCCUUGCGAUUCCCAGCCUUGUCACAAUGGAGGCACGUGCGUUCCAGAGGGAUUAGAAAGGUACCACUGUGUGUGUCCCGCUGGAUUUGGAGGAAAUGCCAGCUGCGUACCGAAGCUGAGUCUGGAGUGCAGCGUGGAUCUUCUUUUCCUGGUGGACAGCUCAUCUGGUACCACCUUGGAGGGAUUCCUGCGUUACAAGGCCUUCCUGAAAAGGUUCAUCCGGGCAGUGUUGAGCAAAGACUCCCCAGCAAAUGUCGGCGUGGCCCAGUACAGCAAUGAGGUCCAGAUCCCUAUCAAAGUGGGUGAGUACAAGGACAUGCUCAGUCUCGUGAAGAGCGUUGACACCAUGCGUUUCAGCGGAGGGGGAACCUUCACUGGCAAAGCCCUUCGGUAUGUCACGCAGCAUGGCUUUAAGAGUGCUCCGGCUUUCGCAGACGUUCACGACAAUCUCCCGCGUGUGGUUGUCUUGCUCACGGAUUCGGAGUCCCAGGAUCCUGUGGUAGAAGCAGCUAAACAUACCAGAAGCAGAGGGCUCUUCCUAAUUGGCAUGGGCAGCGACUUCUUAAGAGCAGAGCUGGACGACGUGACUGGGAAUCCAAAGCAGACGGUUGUCUAUUCCAAUCCCCAAGAUCUGUUCAACAAGAUCCCUGAGCUGCAGAAAAAGAUCUGCAGCGUAGACAGUCAUCAAGACUGCCAGUCCCAGUCUCUGGAUCUGGUUUUCGCCUUGGAUGCCUCAGCUGGAGUUGGCAGGGAGAACUUUCUGCGGCUGAGGAACUUUGUCAGUAGCAGCUCCCUGCAGUUCAGUAUCAAUCGGGACAUCACCCAGAUAGGCCUUGUGGUCUACAGCAGCAGAGCUCGCACUGCAUUUGCCCUGGACGCGCAUGUCACCAGCUCAGCUCUCCUUCAAGCCAUCAGCCAGGUGCCUUUCCUUGGUGGCUCAGCCUCCAUGGGCAGAGCCUUGCUGCACAUUCAUGAUGAUGUCAUGACUGUUCCGAAAGGGGCGAGGCCUGGGGUGAGCAAGGCCGUGGUUGUGAUCACGGAUGGGAGCGGCACCGAGGAUGCAAUUGUUCCAGCUCAGCAGCUGCGGAGCAACGGUGUGUCAGUGUUUGUUGUUGGGAUUGGGGAUGUGCGGAGGGACACGCUGCUGAGGAUUGCCGGUUCUCCCAACUACCUGAUACACGUUUCAUCUUAUGAUGAUCUGCACAAUUACAAAGACUUUAUCAUUGAAAGAAUAUGUGAAGAGGCUAAACGCCCGGUGAACCUGUGCAAACCCAACCCGUGCCUGAAUGAGGGCGUGUGCGUUCUCAGGAAUGGAAGCUACCGGUGUGAAUGCCAAGGCUGGGAAGGACCACACUGUGAAAGCAGAAUUUUAAGGAGAGAUUCUUCAAGAUCACCGGUCCCUCCCACAAAUUUUCACAUCCAACGAAAUCUGAGUGGUUUGCAGCAGUUUAACAGAGCUCUCCGACAUGCAGAAAGGCUCGCUCAGUCGGGACACUGAGUUGGGCAGUUUCACUGUGCAGUUCUCCCUUCACUAAUGUUUGCUUGCAGUCAUUAAUAUACAAGAAGAUCUGGCAAGCAACCACCAGGUAUUUCAAUGAACAAUUAAAUCUGGCACAGAGACUGAAAUAAUGUCUCUCCAAGCUCACACAGGACACCAGCUGGGUUUAUCAGUAGUCAAUAUAUUUUUGCUUUUGUAAUAAGUAAAUAUUUUGUGUGCUUCAAUAUUUAUUAUUGACCAUUGCUUUUCCACUCAAAGAUUUUGGUGUUUCACGUACGUUGUUUGAAAGAUCUGUGAGUUGGUAGCAGACUGUUAGAUAAGGCUGGAGUAGAAGGGAGUUUGCCUAAAUAAUGUAUCUGUAAAGGGAGCUAUAUAAAGUGCACAUUUUUAACAGCAAGAGUAAUUAACCAUUGAAACAACUGACCAACCAAUGUGGAGGAUUCUCUGUCCCUUGAAAGUCAUAAAUCAAGACUGGAUGUCUUUCUAAAAUAGCUGCUCUAGCUCAACCAGAAAUUACGAUAUAGAUGGUGAAAAUAGGGAUGGCCUGUGUUAUAGAGGAGGUCAGAUGAGGGUCCCUUCGGGGCUUAAAAUCUCUGAAUCUUUAAACUAUAGCUAGGGGUGUGCAAACAGAGUCAGGUUCUCAGCUCCAGUAAAUCAGUUCAGCUCCAUUGGUCUGGCUGUAACUUAACGUACACUAUUUACCAGCCCCAGUUAAAAAUUCCUACAGUUGAAGUCACUAGAGUGAAUUAUUGGAUAAACACAGGAAGACAAAUGACAGUGAGAGCUAGUGAUGGGCUUUGUUAUGCUUCACUGAUUUCUUGAUGCCAAAUGCAAUGAUGUUCCCUUGCUUAGCUCUUUUCUUUGUUUGCAUUUGUUUCUGAGUGAUGUAAUAUGGUUUGGCUUAAUGGGCAUUUUUAUUAGCUGCAUUUUUUUUUUUUGUUAGGAGGGUCCUUAACAUGAAACAACUCUAAAAUGGAGCUGCAGCAGUUAGAAAGAUUAACUGCAACUGCCAGUGUUCAGGGUAAUAGCAUCUAAAGAGAAGAAAACCCCCUUCAUCCAAGUGACUUGCCCCCAUGUUUUACUAGUAACAAAGAUGUACCAAAAGAGAGACAGAUUAUUUCACAGGAUCAUUGUCUAAAGGAAUAUGGUCUAAACCACUCGUGGAGAUUAAUGCUAGCCCUGAAACAGCAGCAGUGCUAUUUUAUACAUUAUGCUGGAAAAAAUAAAGGAGAACUUCCACUUUGUUUCUGCCCAGACUUCAGUAGAUCAGCCUUCGGCUUCUGCACCUGAGGCAAGCAGCAAUAGAAGCGUAACUGCAGGACUGACAUUUGAAGCAGAAAGGGGCACUAACCCUUCGCCCUUAUUUAUGUCUGGCAUGAUUGCCGCUUUGGUGGUGCUGCUUCUGUAAAAGUGUCAGUGGGUUCUGUUCUGGAAAGAAUGGGCUACAUCAGUCUCACAGCUAUAAUCCAAAGACAUGGUUUGUAUUUUACGCUGUGGAAACGAAGUGGAACCAGCUCCCCAGACCAUCUAAAUUCUGCUCUGAAAUUAUUCUCUGUCAUCUUGUGCUCCCUGCAUUGUUUGUGGUGUUAGAGAGACUUACCCCUUCCUGCCCUGCUUCACUAUAAUAUUUACAACACUGUGGCAUUUUCUGUUGUAUAUUUUGUCUAACAGGUGCACUGGUUAAACUCUCUGCUUCAUUUUCACUGUCUUUUGGCAGCUUGCCUUUAACAGAGUUGGCUCUUACUCCUUUAGCAUUUCUACAGCAUACGACUUGAGUAACUGUAAUAUGCUUAGCGGUAUAAAGGUAUUUACAAUAUUUUCCACAUAGGUAUGUUGCAUACAGAGAAGAUUUGUAUAGAUCUAAUGAACCCUUAGGCUUGAUUAUGCACCUAUGUUGUACGAUUGUAACCUUGCUGUAUAGAUAUACUUUUAUUUUAAUUCUCUGAUAAUAUGAGCAUUUCUGAAGCACGUAAGUUUUACUGGGAUGCGGCCGAGUGUGGGGGUGAGGCCUGGCAAAACCAGGGAUUUUUUCCCCCAUGAAUUUGCUUCAUUUAAAUAUGGAUGGGAAAACUGGUCUGGAUAAAACCAUAGACUAAGCUCCUUGGUGCAGGAACCAUUUGUUGUUGUUGUUGUUGAUACACGCAGUGUCUAGUGGAAUAGAGCUCGGGUCUCUGAUUGGGGCGCCUACGUGCUGCCACAGUACAGAGAUUGGUGAUAUGCAAGAUGGUGGGUGUUUGAAUGAGCUUUUCAAAGGAGCUAUGAGGAGUUAGGUGCCUGUGCAUGCGGGGGCCCAGUUAAGGUUGCACAGGCAAUCUGAAUUCUGGCAUUUCCUAACUUUUGAGUGCUUGGCUUUUGGUUCCUUAAAAAUGAGGUUUUUUGGGGCCUUUUUUUUUUUUUUUUGGUCAUCAUUUUAGAGUGUAAUAUGUAGAGAAUACAGCAUAAAACUAACAGCCCUGGAGAAGUAUGAAAAUGGCGUGUUUCAUGCCUCAUCAGCUUUCUCAGUUGGUGGAAGAUGAUAUUCCUAGCCAGCUAAGAAUGCAACAUGACUUCAGGAAAGUGUUGGGAAAAUCAAGCCAAUCAUGUAGCUAAAGGCAGUGUGGCCUAGUGGAUAGAGCACUGGACUAGGACUUGGGAGAGCUGGGUUCUAUUCCUGGCUUUGCCAUGGGCCAGCUGGAUGACCUAGAGCUGGUAUCCUCCCCUCUCCAUGCCUCUUUAAAAUGGGGACAAUGAGCUAGACCUCGUUUGUAAAGUGUUUUGAGAUCUACUGAUGGAAAGUGCUCUAUAAGAGCUAGUUAUUGCUAUCUGUAGUGAACCAAUCAUGACUCAGUGAGUCAAAUUCAUCCCCGGUCCAAGUCCAGUGCAACCCCCAGUUGGCUUAUUUUAUUGGUUCCUUCCACUCCAGAAGAGCUGUCCAAUAAUAGGAAAACCACAGAAAUAUAGAAAUACUGUAGGGCCUGGUUCUCGGAGGUGCUGAGUACCCACCAUUCCAAGUGAAGUCAAUGGGAGCUGCAGAGCUGAGCUCAGCUGACAACUGGGCCUGUCCUUUCUCUGAAUCCGCAGUGGAGCAAGUAGAAUUUGACAGAACUCCUAUUAGAAUGGACAAAAAAUUGGAAUUCAGACAAGGACUCCCCUCUGCAAUAUCUUAACCAUAGUGGGCCAAAGAUGCAUGUAGUUGCACAUCCCAUUUACUUCGUUUGCCUCUUGUAAAUGACGGAGGAAUUUGGCUCGUAGUAUGACGUGCAUUAAAAAAGGGACUGAACUGCUGUGAUCAUUUUCACAGACAGGAUCCCAGAUACAUUAGGCCACAGACACAUCCUCAUGCUAGGUCUGGCCCUGUAAACAUUUACUACCUGGCAUUGUGCUUUGAAGUCAAGGAGGCUCGUGAUGUCUCAGCUGGCCAUGUUUGCAGAAUCAGACUUGAAGGUCCCUGCAGCCUGUUGCACUUGCAGAGGACAGUAUAUCAAUCAGUAUGUAUCUGAAUGAAUGGGAUUGGGCAGACCUGUUGGCUUAUUUGACCUGCUGUAGAAACGCAAAAGAGAAACCCAGGUGGUCAUGGUGCAGUUAAAGGAACCAAUGUUCUACCAAAGGAACAGCUGUAAAUAAAACUCUGUCACUGUAUAGAUCCUGACAUGACACAGCUGUGAAUAACGAGAGUUUUUAGCACCAGAGAAAGCACUUUUGUGGGGUCUGGGCUAAAAAAAGUUACUUUGUUUAGGGGGG